UAGCGCAUAAAUAAUUUGCGAAGAAUGUUUUGGGAAUUGCGCGCACAAAGCUUUCAUCUGUGACAAAGUUCCUUCUCGCRUAAAAUAUCUGGUAGGAACAGCGAGCAAAGCAUCCAUGGAACUUAUCGCGCACAAUGCAUUCUGGGAGGAGUGGUGCGCAAAGGAUUCUUGGAGCUGCGCGCAGAAUUAUAUUUGACAUUGUGCUUACGUCACAAUACAUUUCCUAAUUAGUUAAUUAGAUAUGUAGUCGUUCGCUAAGAUGGUGCUCUGGAAGGCCAUCAAAAAUCUUGAAAUUCUUGAGAAACCUGAAUCAAUAUUCAACAGAAGACUAAUAAAAAAUCCUUGCUAUCCGUUUAACAAAGACCACGAUGGAAAAUUCGUUCUCCAUCUUGACAGACGCCGCUGUUAUUAUGGUAUAUUUAUGUCUGUCGUUUGUGCUUUGAUUGUCACAGUGUGGCUGAUUGUAAGCGAGGCUGGGCAAUACUUGAUGUUUCCAAUUCUUAUCGGCUGUAUUUCUGCAUGGUUUGCCUUUGAAAACAAAGCCGAUCGGAUCUGUACGCUGGACAGCUUGUCUGGCUCGUAUACUGUGACUCUGGGAGGAAAACAUGUACAAGAGGGCGAAAUACGCAACGUUUACAUCAGACUGAAGGCACAGAAGCACGGUGCUGGACAUAAGUAUUACUACGUUGUAUUCAAUGGCUAUCACGUGACUGAACAGAAAGUGACGUCAUAUUCUAAAAAUGACAAGAGAUUACGCACUUUAGCAAAACGUUUAGCGGAGAAUCUCGACUUGAAUUACUUUGAUAUCAAAGCAAGCUCUAAAGAACAUGUUAUUCGACAUAGGCCAAAGCCUUCAGCAAGAGCUGAAGACGAAGUUGUUAAUAAUGGAUAUCCUGUUUAGAUUGUAUCCGCGAUUAUAUCACUAGUAUCUGCGAAUUCUGCGACUUCAUCACUUUCUUAUCAGUUUUGAAAUUUCUGUACAAAAUCAAAUAAAUAUAAACUAUAAAAUUGUACUGUUUGUAUACUAAACGUUUUGAGAACCAGAAGUGGUUACUGACAUUUUUUCUUGACAACUUCCUGUCCCCCCUCUGGUGACCUUAGCGGUGGGCCAAUUGAAUGUUUUGAUGUGACUUCAUAGCGUUAUAAGGAAAUAUGUUUAUGUAGACAUUGACAUUAUACCACACUAUGUAGCGAGUAAAGCUAAUUAGUUUUAAUAACAAUUAGAGCAGGAAAAAUAUAAUGACGACAGUCUUUCAUUUUAUAGCGCAACGGUUAAAUACAAAUGCUAUAAUUAUCAUUCUAUGAGGAAAAGGAACCAAGUGUAAAGCCUAAYAUGCAAUAAAUCAUCCGUGUUAUAAAUAUUGCUAUCUUAUUCCGCUUCAGUUGCACACUUAMUACAUCACUCUUAAUAUCAUA